AGUUUCAAAAUACAAUCCUUCUAUACAUAAUCUAAGUCCAUCGGAGAUAGCUGGCAUUAGUUUCCAAUUCCCUGCUAUCUGAAGUUCGCCAUAUUUGAUUCGAUAUUUAUCUCUUGAAGCAGACGCUUGGAUUUUAUGUAUAAUUCUUCUAAAGAAAAUUUGAGACAUAAUUGUGAAAAAUGGAAGAGGGUGCUUUUAAUCGAACCCCUGCCACAGCGCUUAGUCUCAGCACUCGAAUGAAAAUAGCUCUUUUUUUGAAUCACCAAAGAGAACUUUUAAGCCAUGAAAAGGUACCAGGAGAUUACAGAGGGCUUGCUGAGCUCAUGCAGUUUCCAUACAUUGAAAUUCAAAAUUUCGGUAUAUACGAAGAACCGACAAUGAAAUUAUUGGAAACUUGGGGAAAACGACAAGGAACCACAUUUGGUAAACUAAUGGAACUACUUCAAGAGCUACAAAGAUAUGAUCUCUUAGCAGAAGUUGUACCUUUAUUGGAAGAAGAUGCCGCAGCAUAUCAGAGACGGAUACUUAUGCAGAGGAAUGGGCAGCAUCUUAUUCAAGAUCCAGAAGUCACAUCUGGAGACUCAUUGAACAGCUCUCCUUAUCUGACAGUAGAUGAUUUCUUAUCAGGAGAGCCUACCUUGUAUCAUGCAUUUAUGCUACAUUCUGAUGCACCAGAAGAUGUCACUUUUGCCAUCGAGCUCACUAGAAAAUUAGAAAGUGAAGGUAUGAAGAUCUUUUUACGAAAAAGGAAUUCACUCGGAGGCGUUGAUGAAUACGAAACAAACGCCCGUCUGCUCAGAGAAAGGUGUAGAAGAGCGAUAGCUGUUUUAACUCCUGAAUUCCUGGAAAGUUCUGUUUGUGCAUUCUGCACAAAAUGGGCACACUAUUUAGGUAUAGAACAUGUGCAACGUAAAUUAAUACCUCUUUGUUUAAGGCCUUGUGCUACACCUUUAAUUCUUCAGGGCAUCAACGUUAUUGACUAUACGAAAGCAGAAUUUCAAGACUGGGAAUAUCUCAGGUUAGUGGCAUCCCUGAAAGUGGUUCCUGAAACGACGGCCGAGGCUCAGCAACCAACGACCAGCAGCAUUAAAAUAUCCAUCUGAAAACUAACAAUCAAGAUUUUGUACUUACACCGCCUGAACUCAUAACUGAUAAUCAUACGCGCUUAAAAAUGUCUUGAAUUACAUUUUAACUUUUUGAUAAACUACCUUCAAUAUUACGUUAAGUGUUUUAAAUUUACUUCUACCUCCUAAACUCGAAGAAAUUAACUAAUCAUGUUUAGUAAAGUUUUUUUUAUUCAUUGAAAUAUCGAUGAGUUUGUAGAAGUUACUUUAAGUUUCUAACAAUUAUUUUGAAUUUAAACAUAUUUUACUGUCUAUUCUCGUCUCCAAUCUACAAUUCCGUACCAGAAUGAGUUUUUAGUAUCACGUUUUAUGCAAAUGAAUUAGAUGGAGUAUUUAAGGAGAGUUCAAUUUGCUUCGAGAGAAAGCGCUUAGGAGUCCUUAGUGGUGCGUGUUUACCUUCUGGCUACUUCUUUCUUGAACCUACUACACUUGGCAGUAUUGGAUGUGCCCGCUGACAGUCGCCGGCUAGAUUAAAUUAAGGGCUAACUACGUUAGAUAUUUGUGUCUAACUUCGGCUAAGUCUAUUUAAUUUAGCAUUAGAUUAGUUGCUUAUUUUCUUAAUUUUAUUUAAGGGCUCAAGUAGAGGCUUUCCUGUAAGCCCAAGAACUGGCCGUCUAUUAUUAUUUGAGUAAAUAAAAAGUAUUUUUAACUCUCCUCGAGACUCAGUCGUAACUACUUGAACUCUACCCUAUCCGCUACUUAGUUCGCUAAGUUCUUCGACAUUUUAACACAGACAAAGUACUGAGGAACAUUACAAGUUCAUAACCUCAGCCUUUUUUCUUUGUUAGAAAUUUUGUCCAAGAAAUUCUGAGCAUAAUUAUAGCCUGUUGAAAUAGACUGUAAUUAAGAUUAAAAUAUCUUCUUCCGUUA